AUGGCGUACAACGACGACUCUGUCCUGGCGCGUCUGUCGGCGCUGAAUGAGAGCCAUGACAGCAUCGCGACAGCGGCGCAAUGGAUCAUGUUUCACAGGCGACACGCAGAUCGCACGGUAGCGCUCUGGAUGCAGCGACUCAAGGAUUCGUCCAGCACCAAACGAUUGAGCCUCAUCUAUCUUGCGAAUGAGGUCGUGCAGCAGUCGAGAAUCCGCCACAAAGAAGACUUUGUCAUCGCCUUCUCUCCCGUCGUGGCUGAGGCAGCCGCCGUCGCAUAUAAGGGCGCGCCAGCUGAGAUCCAAGCCAAGUUGCGGCGUGUCAUCGAUGUCUGGAAAGACAGAGCGAUCUUUGAGGCCCCAAUCCAGGCGGCUAUCGAAGCACGCCUAAGUGAGCUGGAUAAGGCCCGCGGAUCCGUCAAGCCCGGCUUUGGAGGUUCCCCGUUCGGAUCAUCUGCUUCUGUGCCUUCGGAAUUCGCGCCUCUGGUCUCCGCCCAUCAAACAGUCACGAAGCUCAGCGUGCCACUCAAGUCAACCAUUGCUUCCGCAAACCAAGAGUAUGAAAAGCAAGUUGACCCUACGGUAGCACCUCCCUCUGCGCCAGUCUAUGCAGCUCGCCUCAAUGGGCUGCUAAAGACCCUGGCGAACGCCGAGAGUGCGGUGGCUGAGUGCGUCAAGGCCCGUGAGACGUUAAUUUCAGGCCUAGAGAAGAUGCUAGACGCGCACAGGGCGGCACUGGAGAAUGAGAAGAAUGCAGCCGCCGAGCUCUCGGGGCGCAAACGCGAAAUCGAGGAUAAGAAGCAGCAGGUCGAGGUGGCUAUCAUGAGGGCGCUUGGGCCUGCGGAUGGCAAUGGGUCUCAUGCGGAAGGCGAAUCCGGUAGCCCUCCUACGGAGCUUGACCGGCCAGAGAUGGAGGCUCUUACACCGCCCGGUAUGGACAACGACUAUGAGGAUACUGCGGCGGGGAGCAUCGGUGUUGAUGAGGGCGCCAAACGCUCGGAAGACGCUCCAACCCCUGAACCUGCCCCUGCCGUGCCAUCGACGCACACUCAGUCCCUACCGAUAUCAAUCAACGGGUCCAAUAAGAGGCGACGAGUAGACGAUGCGGGCGACUUUCCGGACCUGGGCAACGAUGACGAGAUAGAUGCCGAGGUGGCGCAGAUGUUGAAAGAGGGUGAGGGCGCCUAAUGUGGUGGAUGAUGCAGCUCGAGACGAGACGUUGGGUAAGGGCCCUGCAUGCGCCCCUUGGGCGGGAGGGCCUGCUGUGGAAGGGAAGCGUUCCUGGUCUUUGAGGGUAUUGACUUGGUUAUCUCUGCUACAUUCUUUGAGGGUUCUCUUGAACAUGGGUAGGAUGAGAUUGGUACAGCCGUCUACUGGCAUGAGAUCUUGUACGUGGUU